AUGAGGAAUGUCCGAUAUGCGAACGUGUGUCAGCUAGUGCAACAGAGCACAGCUGACAGUCACUACAAAGAGACAAGCUGUCAGUGCCUCUCCUCCGACACCUCGCCGCCCCCGCGGCUCCCGAUUCUCAAGCAGUCGACCCUUCAGCCUCGACUUACUCCAGAAGGCUCUCCUCCGUCGGGGAACUUCUUCAUCUCGCCCUUCAGCGUCUGGAGCGCCCUCGUCCUCGCCUACUUCGGCUCCCGAGGCAACACGAAGGCGGAGCUGGAGCAGGUUCUGCGGCUCACCAACAGGGAGGACACGCUCGCCCUGUUCAGGGCCCUCGAACGGCGUAUGGCUCCCAAGAAGCAAACCAGAACUACACCAUCAACUCGGCUAACAGGAUAUACUUCGACCAGUCCAUUCCCGUCCGAGAAUGCGUGGGAAAAGUCCUCGACGACAAGUGAACUUAAACCUCGGGCGCAGUGUGAAAGCCUUCCGUACAAGAGGGCAGAUCUGUUCAGCAGACUUACUUUGAUCUUGAGUAACAGAGAAAAGCCUUCUGUGCCCGACGCCGCCGCUGCUGACAUCAACGCCGAAACGCGAGGAAAAAUACCAAAGCUUAUACAACUCUCCUUUGUUAAAGGCGCUAAAAUGGUCUUAACUAACGCCGUCUACUUCAAAGGCUUUUGGAAAUACCCGUUCAAGCCUCAAAGGACCCACAAGGACAAGUUUUUCGUAACCCCGGAAGAGUCUGUCCAAGUGGAUAUGAUGUCGCAAACGAGAAGGUUCUAA